UCACCGAUUCUGAUGCUGACGAUGCCGGUCCGGAUAUCUUUUACGUAUCUUCUCUGUCGAGAAAUGAGGAUAAUGUAGAUGAGAAAGUGCAUCUGUGGAAGCAUUCAAAAUAUCUGUUGCUAAACCUAAACCCCUCUCUCACUGUGAUUGGCGUUUGCGGACUUGCAGACUCGUAGACUCGGAUAUGGGUUUUCCUCGGGGUAUAGGAGGGACGACACUUCAGUCCUUGAAACUCGCAGCCGUUCCAUCUUCUUCCAUCUUCAGACCCACUUUUCCCAAGACCCUCACCUUGCAUCCUCUAGGACACUUCUUCAAGUUGCAGAGGUCUGCACUUCCUUUCAUCAUCAGGGCUUUCUCAGCUCCGGGCUCAGCCCCAGCCCCAGCCCCCCCCCCCCCCCCCCCCCCCCCCCCCCCCCCCCCCGCCCUUCAGACCACCUCGAUUUCCCAUGAAGACCGUAAGGUUGCCAAACCUCAAUGGAGAGCUGCAAUAGAUUUCAAAUGGAUUCGUGACAACAAAGAAGCUGUUGCUGCAAAUAUUAAGAACAGGAACUCCAAUGCUGAUUUGGAGCUAGUGCUUGAGCUUUAUGAGAAAAUGUCUAACCUUCAGAAGGAAGUUGAACGGCUUCGUGGGGAAAGAAAUGUGGUUGCUAAUAAGAUGAAGGGAAAACUAGAUCCAUCUGAGCGCCAGAAAUUCAUAGAAAAAGGAAAGAAUCUUAAGGAAGGUCUUGUCUCUUUGGAAGAAGACCUCAUUCUACUCACUGAUAAGCUUCAACAAGAAUCACAAUGUAUACCAAAUAUGGCUCAUCCAGAUGUUCCAAUAGGAGGGGAGGAUUGCUCUGCUUUGAGAAAGAUGGUUGGUAGUCCACGUGAGUUCAACUUCCCUGCCAAAGACCACCUCCAACUUGGGAAAGAACUUGAUCUCUUUGAUUUUGAUGCAGCUGCAGAGGUAAGUGGGUCUAAAUUCUACUACCUAAAGAAUGAGGCGGUUUUGCUAGAAAUGGGCCUUAUCAAUUGGACACUUUCAGAAGUUAUGAAAAGGGGCUUUAUACCUCUAACCACCCCAGAGAUUGUACGAUCGUCUGUUGUUGAGAAGUGUGGAUUUCAACCUCGUGGAACAAACACCCAGGUCUGUGCUUAUAUUCUUUAUGCUGUUCCAAUGUCUAAUCAUUGACCAUUUAGUCAAUAU